AUGGCUGAAACCAUCAACCUGUUCCUUCUGCUGACUAUAGUGCACCUUGUGGACUCUCAUUACUGCGCUGACCCAGCUACGUUCAUCUCGGUCUUGUGCACCUCCCUGUCCACCAUGCUACACGUGGAGCUACCCCACGUCAACAUCCUCUCCAAGAUGGACCUCAUCGAGCAGUACAGCAAACUAGCUUUCAACCUGGACUUCUACACAGAUGUUAUGGACCUGACAUAUCUGCUGGAUCACUUGGCUGCUGACCCUUUCUUUAGGAAGUUCCUCAAACUAAAUGAGAAAUUCGCAGGGGUCAUACAAGACUACAGUCUUGUCUCUUUUGUGCCUUUCAAUGUGCAGGACAGGGAGAGUAUGACGCAGGUCCUGCGGACAGUGGACAAAGCCAACGGCUGCUGCUUCUGAGACCUGGAGGAGAGGAACCUGCAUGCAAUCAUGUCAGCCACUGUGGGAGCAGACUUUCAGUUCACCUUAACUCUAGGCGUGCAAGAGGGGUAUGUUGGAGAUGGUGAAAAGACGGAGGAGGUGGUGAUGGAUCUGUAAAUCACCAGACACCAAUCAAUGGAUGCUGCUGACCUCCAUGUUGCUUGCACUGUGCCAGCAAAGGACUGACAGUACAUUUCUCCAGUGGAAGUGGUGUGUCAAACGCAGCAAAUGCUAUUCUUCUUUCGCUCUUUUCCUGAACACGUAAAUGUUCACUCUUUUAGCUUGAUAUGGCUGGUUCUGGUUAUAUAGAGGAGAGAAAGGGUUAGAAGCAUCAGACUGCAAACAGAAUUCACACCAACUGCUUCUUACCCCACAAUCCAAGAAUUAGAUCAGUCUGGGUUAAGAAUUUGAAUUGAUAUAUCCUUGGCUUUGUGGCUGGGUUAUAAUUCCAGUGUUAGUACGGACUACAGUGUGUUGUUUAGUUGGAUGCAAAUGCUCAUCUCUUAUUCUGCCAGUGAAAAAGAUGGACAAAUCCAGGAGCUCUGGACUACAGAAAAUUAUUUACAUUUUGUAAUGAGAAAUACCCUGGUGUGUGAGGGCAGUUUGGUCAGCCCUUCAGUCUGUACAUUGGGUAUGAAUCCCUUUGCAGAUCAGAAAAAUCAACUGUUAAUAAGUGUUUUUUAAAUGAAUAAAGUUUGAAGAGUUGGUCUUA